AUGGAAAAGGGGGAGAGAGUUGUUGAAAACGGCGACGUUUGCUCGACGGUAGCGGGAAACGGAGGGGAGGACGUGUACAGCUCGAAAGACUCCGAUGCCUUCUCCGCCGAUCAUCUCGUUGUUAUGGUCCACGGGAUUCUUGGGAGUGCAUUGGAUUGGAAAUUUGGUGCCGAAAAAUUUGUCCAGAGGCUUCCUGAUGAAGUUUACGUUCACUGUAACGAACGGAAUGCAGCAAAAUUGACAUUGGAUGGUGUUGAUGUUAUGGGCGAGCGACUGGCUGAGGAGGUCCUUGAAGUAAUCAAAAGAAAGCCUUCUCUGAAGAAAAUAUCUUUCAUCGCGCAUUCUGUUGGAGGGCUCGUGGCAAGAUAUGCAAUCGGGAAGUUAUAUAAACCUCCUAAUAAAGAAAGUGGACAAGAAGUCUCACCCAAUGUUUGUACUGAAGAAGAGUUGAAGGGCACAAUAGCAAAUCUUGAACCCAUAAACUUUAUUACUGUUGCUACGCCGCACCUUGGUUCUAGGGGGAAUAAGCAGUCAACGCUCGACCCAUCGGACCAAAUGGUUGAUAUUCGACCAAUUUGCUCGGUCGAGCCAAGAGCCAACGGUCGACCCUUGGACCGUUCGACCCGUGAGUCAGUGAUCGACCCUUGGGCCGCUCGACCCUCAAGCCGGUCGACGGUCGACCCCCGAGUCAGUCAACCCUUAAGCCGGUCGGCCCUAGACAAUGUUGAUUUCGGUUUUUAA